GGCAGCCCUGUGCGGGGUCCUCAGGGGUCCUCGGGCCGGGCCGGGCGCCGCCAUGUUGGGCCCGCUGUGGGCGCGGGGCUGCGGGCUGCUGCUCGAGGCGGCGGGGCGGGCCUUGAGCCUGAGCCAUGCGCGGGACACGGUGGUGGUGGAGCGGUGGUGGAAGGUACCGCUCAGCAAAGAGGGGCGGCCGCCCCGCGCCCGGCACCGGCGGUACCGCGUGUACCGGCUGGUGGAGGACGGCAAACAUCUGCCGCGCGGGGAGCUGGAGCUCAUCCUGACACGGGCGGUGGAAGGUCUGGGGAGGCGUGGGGACAUCGUUUCUGUGAAGAAAUCCCUGGGUCGCAACCGGCUGCUGCCUCAGGGCUUGGCUGUGUACGCAUCGCCCGAGAACCGCCGGCUCUUUGAAGAGGAGAAGCAGAACCAGGAAGGGCAGAUGGAGGCCAUCCAAACGCAGAGCGGGGAGAGGACCCUGCAGUUCCUUCGGAGCUGCCGCCUGGAGGUGGGCAUGAAGAACAACGUGAGCUGGGAGCUGAACGCUGACAUCGUGGCACGGAACUUCCUCAAGAAUCUGCGGGUUUCGGUGCCGCCCCAUGCGCUGAAGCUGCCAGAUGAGCCCAUCACCCGCUGGGGCGAGUACUGGUGUGAUGUGACGGUGAAUGGGAUGGAUACGGUGCGGGUCCCCAUGGACGUGGUGGAGUUCAUGCGGCCGCGGACGAAGCGGCGCCGGCACUGGCAGGCACAGCAGGCAGCACUGCUGGCAGCGCGGCGCGAAGAGCUGCUCUGACCCCACAGCCCCCUCCUUUUAGGGUCAGGGGGAUUUGGGAUCCCCCCCCUCCCCCCCACUGGAGCUGUUCCCCAUCGAUCCGCAUCCUUGCUGAGUGAAUAAAAAGGGUUGGAGUGUGA